CCCAGGAGUCGGAGGGCACGGAGCUGCCCCAGCCGGACGUGACGCCAACCCCGUCGUUGAUGGCGUUUAAGUUCCUUCCGGUCUCCACUGUAUGCCUGGGCCUACUCCCCCCCUCCACAUCCCCCACCCCUCCCCCUUACCUUCUCACUUUCUUCCUCCCUCUCUCACUUUCUAUCUCUCCACCUCUUUCCCCGCCUCACUACCCCUCACGCACGGCUCCACCUAGCUCUCCCCUCCCUCGCCCUCCCCCUUCCCUCCUCCUUCCCCUCCCCCCGCCUCCGCCCGGAAGGCUCCAGUGUCGGGAGCAUCCGCGGCUGCGUCACCGCCGCCCCCCCCCAGACAAGAUGGACACCGCCGAAGAAGACAUAUGUAGGGUGUGUCGAUCAGAAGGAACACCUGAGAAACCGCUAUAUCAUCCGUGUGUAUGUACUGGCAGUAUUAAAUUUAUCCAUCAAGAAUGCUUAGUUCAGUGGUUGAAACACAGCAGAAAAGAAUACUGUGAACUAUGCAAACACAGAUUUGCUUUCACACCAAUUUAUUCCCCAGAUAUGCCUUCAAGGCUACCAAUCCAAGAUAUUUUUGCUGGACUGGUUACAAGUAUUGGCACAGCAAUACGUUACUGGUUUCACUAUACACUUGUGGCCUUUGCAUGGUUGGGAGUUGUACCUCUUACAGCAUGCCGUAUCUACAAGUGCUUGUUUACUGGCUCUGUGAGCUCACUAUUGACACUGCCAUUAGAUAUGCUGUCAACGGAAAAUUUAUUGGCAGAUUGUUUGCAGGGUUGUUUUGUGGUGACCUGCACUCUUUGUGCAUUUAUCAGCCUUGUGUGGUUGCGAGAACAAAUAGUCCAUGGUGGAGCACCACAGUGGUUGGAACAAAAUCAUGCUCAACCUCUCAAUGCUGCUGGACAACAAAAUGAGGCUCCAGGUGUGGGAAAUGGUGCUGAAAAUGUUGCAAUUGAUCAGCCUGCUAACCCACCAGCUGAGGAUGCAGUAGUAGGGGAAAACCCUGAAAUUCAGGAAGAACAAGCUGAUGAAGAAGAGGAAGACAAUGAGGAUGAAGAAGAUGCUGUAGUUGAAGAUGCAGCAGAUGUUAAUAAUGGGGCACAAGAUGAUAUGAACUGGAAUGCUUUAGAAUGGGAUCGAGCUGCAGAAGAAUUAACAUGGGAGAGAAUGCUUGGACUUGAUGGGUCACUAGUUUUCCUAGAACAUGUCUUUUGGGUGGUGUCUCUGAACACAUUAUUUAUUCUUGUCUUUGCAUUUUGUCCUUACCACAUUGGUCAUUUUUCUGUUGUUGGCUUGGGAUUUGAGGAAUAUGUCCAAGCAUCACAUUUUGAAGGCCUAAUUACAACAAUAGUUGGCUAUGUACUUUUAGCAAUAUCACUGAUAAUUUGUCAUGGUUUGGCAGCUCUUGUGAAAUUUCAACGAUCUCGUCGUUUACUAGGAGUCUGCUAUAUUGUUGUUAAGGUCUCUUUAUUAGUGGUAGUAGAAAUUGGAGUGUUCCCUCUCAUUUGUGGCUGGUGGCUAGAUAUAUGUUCUCUGGAAAUGUUUGAUGCUACUUUGAAAGACCGAGAGUUGAGCUUUCAGUCUGCUCCAGGAACCACGAUGUUUCUGCACUGGCUAGUGGGAAUGGUCUAUGUCUUCUACUUUGCUUCUUUCAUUCUUUUACUAAGAGAGGUGCUGAGACCUGGUGUCUUAUGGUUUCUAAGAAAUUUGAAUGAUCCAGAUUUUAAUCCAGUACAAGAAAUGAUUCACUUGCCCAUUUAUAGACAUCUUCGAAGAUUUAUUUUGUCAGUGAUUGUCUUUGGUUCCAUUGUCCUUCUUAUGCUGUGGCUCCCUAUACGUAUUAUUAAGAAUCUGUUGCCCAAUUUUCUUCCAUAUAAUGUCAUGCUAUACAGUGAUGCCCCAGUGAGUGAACUGUCUCUUGAGCUGCUCCUGCUACAGGUGGUGUUGCCAGCUUUACUUGAACAAGGACACACUCGACAAUGGCUGAAGGGUCUUGUCCGAGCAUGGACUGUUACUGCUGGAUACUUGUUGGAUCUUCAUUCUUACUUACUUGGGGAUCAAGAAGAGAAUGAAAACAGUGCAAACCAACAAGCUAACAACAACCAGCAUGCUCGUAACAACAAUGCCAUUCCAGUGGUGGGAGAAGGUCUUCACGCAGCCCACCAAGCCAUACUUCAACAAGGAGGACCUGUUGGCUUUCAGCCUUACCGUAGGCCUUUAAAAUUUCCACUCAGGAUAUUUCUGUUGAUUGUCUUCAUGUGUAUAACCUUACUGAUUGCCAGUCUCAUCUGCCUUACUUUACCAGCCUUUCUGUUUUCAGUAUUUGCUGGACGAUGGUUAAUGUCAUUUUGGACGGGGACUGCCAAAAUCCAUGAACUAUACACAGCUGCCUGUGGUCUUUAUGUCUGCUGGUUAACCAUAAGGGCAGUGACAGUUCUAGUUGCAUGGAUGCCACAGGGACGCAGAGUGAUCUUUCAGAAGGUUAAAGAGUGGUCUCUUAUGAUAAUGAAGACUUUAAUUGUGGCAGUACUACUUGCUGGUGUUGUUCCACUUCUACUUGGACUUUUAUUUGAACUGGUAAUUGUUGCACCACUGAGGGUUCCAUUGGAUCAGACACCUUUGUUUUACCCAUGGCAGGAUUGGGCCCUUGGAGUUCUCCAUGCCAAAAUAAUUGCAGCCAUAACAUUGAUGGGACCUCAGUGGUGGUUAAAAACAGUGAUCGAACAGGUUUAUGCAAAUGGCAUCCGUAAUAUUGAUCUCCAUUAUAUCAUUCGAAAAUUAGCAGCACCAGUGAUAUCUGUACUGUUGCUUUCCCUUUGUGUACCUUACAUUAUAGCAUCUGGCAUUGUACCUUUACUAGGUGUUACUGCUGAAAUGCAAAAUUUGGUACAGCGUCGAAUUUAUCCUUUUUUACUAAUGGUGGUGGUUUUGAUGGGUAUCCUGUCCUUCCAGGUUCGACAGUUCAAGCGCCUUUAUGAACAUAUUAAAAAUGACAAAUAUCUUGUGGGACAACGACUAGUGAACUAUGAACGAAAGUCAGGUAAACAAGGCACGUCAACACCAUCUCCACAGUCUUCUCAAGAAUAAAAUAGUUGUCUUAAAUAUCUUGACCUUCCUUUUGCCUUUAUGUGUCCUUUUUUGUGGACUCUUCUAUCUCUGGAUAAUAUUUUUCCUGGUGAUCCUCACAGCAAUGUUUUUACUUUUAACUUUUUUUAAAAAUUCAUAUUCUUAGCAUUUAGAUAGCAGUUGAAGAUCUGCUCCUCUAUCUGCAUCUUCUUCAUUUUUCAUUGCUGUCUGAGAUCUGUAUAUGUGUAAAUAGAAGUAUCCUGACACCCUAAACCUUGGAUUAAACAGAAUGUGCAUUGUACAUCUUUAAACAAAAUGUAUAUUAAUUUAUUAAAUCUAGUUGUCACUUUA